AUGAGUGAAACACCUGUCAUGUCCUGUCCUAGCGGCGGAACAUUCUAUGCUUGUGGUGAUGGUAGCAAAUUCACAGGAUGCUGCGGCAGUAAUCCAUGUACAGUAGGCUGUCCCGCUGGCUGGCUUGAACCCACAAGUUUCGAUACAUCACAAUAUGGCGUCUUUGCCGAUCAACAAUGCUCCACGGGUCUUUUCUACACAUGUAACUUUACCUCGCCGCCCUUC